AUGGCGGUGACGGGCUGGCUGGAGAGCCUGCGGGCGGCCGAGAAGACGGCGCUGCUGCAGGACGGGAGAAGGAAGGUGCACUAUUUGUUCCCAGACGGGAAGGAAAUGGCCGAAGAAUAUGACGAGAAGACAAGUGAACUGCUUGUAAGAAAGUGGCGAGUAAAAAGUGCCCUGGGAGCCUUGGGCCAGUGGCAGAUUGAGGUGGGAGAGCCAGCACUCCACGGAGCAGGGAGCCUGGGGCCUGAACUCAUCAAGGAAAGCAAUGCCAAUCCCAUCUUCAUGCGCAAGGACACCAAGAUGUGUUUCCAGUGGCGGAUUCGAAACCUCCCCUACCCCAAGGAAGUCUACAGUGUCUGUGUGGACCAGAAGGAGCGCUGUGUUGUUGUCAGAACAACCAACAAAAAGUACUACAAGAAGUUCUCCAUUACUGAUCUGGACAGAUACCAGCUACCGCUGGAUGAUUCUUUGCUGAGCUUUGCUUAUGCCAACUGCACCCUGAUCAUCUCCUACCAGAAGCCAAAGGGAGUCCUGGAGGCCGAGUCAGAGCUGCAGAAGGAGCUGAAGAAGGUAAAGAUGGCCCACAGUGAUGGGGACUGUAAGACCCAGUAG